CAGGCAAAUGGAGUUCAAUAGGAAGCUUAUUUAUUAUGGAGUUUAUAAGACCCCCACCAUUGGCGAAGGUCAGCAUUAUACUGAAUAAAUAAUGUGUAAGCUCUAUUCAUAUAUAACAUUAUAUAAUGAGACAGAAAGAGGAUCUGGCUUUAUUUGAUUGUAAGAUGGAAGUCGAACAGCAACCAUCUGUUUUAUCAGUUGAUAAUUUAGAUAUGUUAGAAAAUGAAAGAUUUCCAAAACAUGGAGAUCUCUUUCCUGACAGUUGUCGAAUUUUAUUUGCCGGACCAAGUGGUUGUGGAAAAUCCAAUGCACUUUUGAGUUUACUGUUAUCUCCGAAUGGAUUACGAUUCAAAAAUAUAUAUAUUUAUUCUAAGAGUCUUUAUCAACCGAAAUAUCAAUUGUUGGAACAAGUGCUGAAAGGCGUGCCUGAAAUAGGUUAUCAUCCAUACAAGGAGAAUGAUGAUAUAAUUGAUCCUAAUGACGCUGAAGAAAAUUCUAUCAUUAUUUUUGAUGAUGUUGUUGGAGAUAAGCAAGAUAAGAUUAAAGCCUAUUACUCUAUGGGUCGACAUAAGGCCAUUGAUGUGGCAUUUCUAUGUCAAACUUAUGUUAUGGCAAGCAAACACUUAUGUCGUGAUAACUUGAAUGUUAUUGUAUUAUUCAAACAAGAUGAUACUAAUCUGAAACAUGCAUUCAAUGAGCAUGUCUCUCCGGAUAUGUCAUAUGGAGAGUUUAAACAACUGUGUGCAUUCUGUUGGAAUUCAACCAAAUAUGGAUUCAUUGUUAUUGUUAAAAACUUUGAUAUUGAUGGAGGACGCUAUCGUCAAGGAUUUGAUAGGUUCAUAAAAAAAAAAUUCAGUCAAAUAUAA